AACCGUGAGAGAUGCGCGUUGCAUUGUGGGGAUAUAAAUACAGCGCAGGACAGCUGGGAGCACAAAGGAAUUAUAACAGCACCUCAAACAACUUUUAACUUCAUCCUGGUGUGAUGUGAAUUAAUGUGAGCGUUUAUUCAACUGUGAGUUUUGGCGGCUGGCAGGCUGACAACUGCCUGAGAAGCGCAGGGAAUGUGAGUAAUCGGAGGGAAGCGGCAGGGCGCACCGCUGUCUCCGACUAUCGCUGCUUUUUGUCAGCUGAGCUGUUUGCAUCCCGAGGCCCAGCCGAUAUAACGGGCCUCAUCAGAGAAGGACGUAUUUCCUGUACCCAGUCAUAAACUGACCAUCAUGGGGGUCAAAACCUUCACCCACAGCUCAACCUCCCACAGCCAGGAGAUGCUGGAGAAGCUUAACGCUUUACGCAAUGAGGGUCACUUAUGUGAUGUCACCAUUCGGGUCCAAGACAAGCUCUUCCUGGCCCACAAAGUGGUCCUGGCCUGCUGCAGUGAAUUCUUCCGCUCCAAACUGGUGGGCCGGCUAGAGGAGGACAAGUUUGUGUUGGACCUUCAUCACGUGACCGUUAGUGGCUUCGCUCCUCUGUUGGAAUAUGCCUACACAUCUACCCUUUCUAUUAGCACAGAAAAUAUAAUAGACGUGCUAGCAGCUGCAAGUUACAUGCAGAUGUUUGCUGUUGCUAGCACAUGUUCGGAGUUUAUGAAGUCUAGUAUUCUGUGGAGCCCGAGUAACAACAGCAACAGUAACAACAACAACAUUACAGCAGAUAAACCACAUGAAUCAGCACCAGAGAGCGCCUCAUCAAACUGUGCCCUGACGCCGUUGGAUGGCAGUGUGUCACCUGUUUCGUCUGACUGCAGCGUGAUGGAGAGAAACGUUCCUAUAUGCCGUGAAUCACGACGGAAACGCAAAAGCUUUGUAACAAUGGCAUCGCCAGAGAGUCCGCUCAAAUGCACUACACAGAUGGUCACCACCUCGCCGCAGAUCCCCAACCCGUCCCCUUCAUUCUCAGACAGCACAGCCCAGCCUGUGGAGUCCUCCCUGGCCUUCCCAUGGACUUUCCCGUUCGGUAUCGACCGGAGGUUCCACUCAGACAAAUCAAAGCUUCCAGAGAGCCCUCGUUGUUUAGAGCAGGGCACCCCAGGGACCUCCGAGGUGAUAGUCGGCCGGCGGCUCAGUGACUUCCUAACGUGUGAAAGCUCCAAGGCGGUGUCGUCACCAGUGCCGGCAGAGGAGGAAGAUGUGAGGGUGAAGGUGGAGCGUCUCAGUGAUGAGGAGGUCCAAGAGGCAUCCUCGCAGCCGGUCAGUGCCUCCCAGAGCUCGCUGAGUGACCAGCAGACGGUGCCAGGGAGUGAACAGGUCCAGGAGGAGCUCCUCAUCAGUCCACAGUCCUCCUCUAUAGGGUCGAUGGAUGAGGGAGUGUCUGAGGGCUUGCCAUCAAUGCAGAGCACCUCUAACACUGGAGGACACGCAGAAGAUGAUGAAAGGUAUCGUGAUUUGUUUCAACUUGCAACAAGGUUAGAAGGUAUUCAGUAUCCAUACCACCUCUAUAUCAGUCCCUCAGCCAGGCCUGGCACCAAUGGCCCUGACAGGCCCUUCCAGUGUCCAACCUGCGGAGUCAGAUUCACACGCAUUCAAAACCUGAAGCAGCAUAUGCUCAUACACUCCGGCAUUAAGCCUUUCCAGUGUGACCGCUGUGGGAAAAAGUUCACACGGGCCUACUCCCUAAAGAUGCAUCGGCUGAAGCACGAAGGUAAACGCUGUUUCCGGUGCCAGAUUUGUAGCGCCACAUUCACGUCCUUCGGUGAAUAUAAGCACCACAUGAGGGUCUCCCGACACAUAAUCCGCAAGCCGCGGAUUUACGAGUGCAAAACGUGCGGGGCCAUGUUCACCAACUCUGGCAAUUUAAUUGUACACCUGAGGAGUCUGAACCAUGAGGCAUCCGAACUAGCAAACUACUUCCAGAGCAGUGAUUUCCUCGUGCCCGACUACCUGAGCCAGGUACAGGAGGAGGAGGAGGCGCUGGGAGUCCAGUAUGAGCUGGAGGAGUCCGAACAUCACCCCGUCUACCCGGGCAGCACCUCCACCACCACUGCAGCAUCGUCCUCCUCCUCAGUCCAGAUGCCCGUCAUCUCCCAGGUCUCCUCCUCUACCCAGAAUUGUGAGAAUUCCUCCGGCUUCCUUUCACCCGAGCCCCUGGACCCCCUGGAAGCCCCAGCCUCCCUCAAGAUGGACGCCGAUGAGACGGCCGCCAUGACAGAGGACACCAAGUUGGACAACAGUGUAGACGGCAGUUCCCCAGAGGUGUUUGAAGAAGAGCAGCAGCAGCAUGCCCAGGGCAAGGAGCUGGCUUCCAUUACCAUAGAGUGAUUCAAGCCUUCUACUUUCCCACCAUGUCUUAUUUUGCAGUCAUGUCAUAUGGGAAUAUCUGUUGAAAUGCCUUCGCGGCUUAAAGGGAUAACUUGGACAUGUGCACAUGUUGAAACCUCAUCAUGUGAAGCCAUCAAGACGCCAUGAUUGAAGUUUUUCCACACGCAACACAUGCACUUAUUUGAAUUCAUGUUUUACAACAAGCUAAAUCCAGCAAAGUAAGUUAGAAUUUUCUUUGUUGUCUUUGAAAUGAUUUUCCCCAAACUUGACUGAAGCAAUUUUGUUGUUGGUGACAUGAGGUUUCAUAAAAUCUGAGUUCAGUCCACCUCCGAACCUGACUUUCAAAGUAGUAUUUUUUUAGCGAUGCACCAAUCCCAUUCUGAUAUUGGGCCGAUUCUGACUCAAAUACCUGGAUCAGGUAUCGGUGACAAUAGGGCCGAUCUAUUCAAUUCAAAUAUACAAUAUACAUUAUAUACUGCAUAUGUAUGUUGCUGCAUAUAAAAAAAAGGUUUACACUUGAAUUGUAAGUCCUGUUAAUUUAGUUUAUUAAGUUUUUCUUACCAAGUUGAAAGAAAAUGUUAAAGUCGAGCCUGAUGUUGCCAUACAUAUAAAAGAAUGAUCCCAGUCUCUUCCACACAGUGAGGCAUACAGCUUAUUAAUUUAACACUGGUAUCGGAAUCAGGACUGAAAAAGUUGGAUCGGUGCAUCCCUAGUAUUUCUCAAAUGAAGCAAGUGAACAGUAUUUUUUAAGAGUCGUUUUUAGGAAGGUUUCUUUUUCCCAUAUGACGUGAGUGCAGCUCCAGCUAAAGUCAUUUCUGUCUUAGCCAGUUUAAGGUCUGUUAAAUCCAAGCCUUGCCCUACUUUUGGAAAGUGCCUGAGAGUUCCCAUUUGAGCAAAGCAACAUGUAGAGGAAAAAGAGGUCUUGACUUUGCCGACAGUGACAAAUCAAGUCUUUGCAAACUGAGCUAAAGAAAAAAACAUUGUAUUUCAUUUGUAGUGAUAUUGCUAGUUUGUAUGGGCAGAGACUGUGUUAUUCCUUCAGUGCCGUCGCUAUAGGCAAACUGUUUAAUGUCAAUAUUAUCUAUAUUGCAAUAGCUUGUACUGUAGUUUUACUAUUUGAAUGCUGUGUAUGUUGGGUGUUGUGAAAUAUGAUAUGUCAGGUGUGUGUGUAUGUGCAUUUCUUUUUUUUAAUCUAUAUAAACAAAGUACAUUUCAUUUUUAAAUGUUUAAAACUUGAAAUUAUAUUGACUGAGUAUUCCCUUAAGACAUUUGUGCAGUAUAUAUUAUUUUCUGACACAUUGCAAGUUCUUUUUUUAACACUGUUGUAAAAUCAAAUAUUGCAUCUCCAAAAAACUAAAUGCUAAUAGUUUAGUAAAACUUGGAUCAGCACUGAUGCAUCUUUUGUUUCAAAAUAAACCAAAUAAAUGACCGAAUAAGACAAAAAUUUAUGUAAAACACAAAUUUCUAAUUUGGAUUUUCUCACAACUGCAGUGUUACAUUCCCACUGUUGAUAAUAUGCCAUUUCAUCCCAGUUUAACUUAGGCCUGCUUGUGAAAUUGCAAUUUUGUUUCAAAAUAUUUUUGUGCUCAGAAUAUCGAUAUCUCACAUGGCUUUUAAUUUUUGGUCAUCCUGAUUUACCAACAGGUACACUGCUAAUAUUCUAGGAUAUUGCAUGACUGUUGAACUGAUGUUUCACUUAGGUACGACAUGAUUGUCUUUUUUAAAGUUAUAUCCUCGUUUGACUUUGUGAGGGAUAAACCAAGAAUAUUAUGUUGUGUGUGUGUGUGUGUGUGUGUGUCUGUGUGGAUUAACCACCAGAAUUCAGUUGUUUUUUUCUUUACCUAAGUUAUCACAAAGGGAAAAACUACAUUGUGAAAAAUUCCCUGACUAAAAUUUCAAAAAUAACUAUGUCUGCAGCCAGGGAAGCAGGAAGUGAUGCAAACAGAUUAUGAUUGCUAUCUGUGAUGGCCCGUUUACAGUCAGAACAGAUUACCAGGUUGUUGGGUGGCAUGUGAUCAUAUUGCUUUAAAAGCAAUAAGAGCAUAAUAGCUAAUAAGUGAAUGUGAAUACUGUGAGUUAAAUCAUUGUAAAUGAUAAAUAAAUUGCAAGAGCUUGUUCUUAAAUUGAUAGCACAGUUCGGCAGUUGACGUUACUAAUUUCAUUAACUUUUUUUUUAAUGCUGAUUUUGGGUCAAACUUCCAAUUCUUGGUAUCUGUGUUGUGCCAACAUGGUUGUAAUUGUCUACUUGUGCCUGUAUUUUGAGAAGAUAAUGAUGCCCAUGGUAAUAAUCCAUGAGUUGAAUGCUACUGACUGUGUACGUUGUUUAUUGUUUAUUUUCUGUCACCCCCUGAAAGUAAUACAAACAGCCGACAUUAAGGAUUAUCACAGCAGGAUGUUACACCUCAUAUAUACAGGGUUGAUUGUAAAUGUAAAGAUGAAUAUUGCUGUGAUGAGGAAAUCAGUAUUACCCUGUCCUUAUCAUUGAAAUUCACUGAGAGCUGUCUUAAUAAGAGCGUCACCCUGCGCCAUCCGAUCAGUCACUUUUUCAAAGUUGUGCCAUUUGCCCUUUUUAUCUGGGUACAAAUCAUGCUUUUUCCUACAGGACCAAAUGUUCUCUAUCUCAUUGGGGAUUUGCCAUGGCAAUCAGUAAUUGCACAUAAUAAAAGAGAGAUAAUCAUUCGAAAUGGUCCAUGCUGUUUAGCAAAGGGGUCCUGCUGUUUCGCCCCUUACACUGUAUGAUGUGCAUUUGAGAGGCUAGCCUUAGUAAAUGGACCUAUUAACUCUAGUUGCACAAUAUCAACAUUUUAAAAAUGUUUUCUAUUCUCCAUUUGUAUGUCAUGCUUUUCAUCUGUUGUGUUCAGUGUCUAUUCAAACAACUUUUAUAAUGAAAUGCUGCUGUUUGUUGAAACGCAAAAGUGCCCAAAAUAUUUUUGUGAACCAAUAGUGUGCAAUAAAUAGACCGGUGUGGUUUUAAAAGAUUUCAUUUUGUCUUUGGAAUGGUGAAUUAUAUAUAUAUAUAUAUAUAUAUA